AAAUAAAAAAUGGCCCAAAAUCCCAAAUCCCAAUUGCAAAGCAAGGACCGGAGGGCGCAGGGCAGUCGCAGAGCUCGCCGAUCUCUGAUCGCUAUUCGCUAAUCGGUAGAAAUCCCAAGCAAAUCUCAACCCAGAUUCAGGUAGCAACCCUUCGUGACUUCGUCAAUCUCCGGCCGGCCGUCGGAUGGACGGCGCAUGACGCCUCAGCACAGAACACCUCUUAGCCUGUAGCCAAAAGCCUCAGCGCCAGCUAAUUUCUGCUCUUCUCCGUGCCGCACUUGUCAGCAACCCCAAACUCUUUAGGGAUUAAGGCUUGAAUGUUGUUGUUGUUUCACUGCCACACUAGAUCAUUUUCAUUCUAGUGCUCACAGUCUCACACUGUAUAGGCAUGUAAUCGAUGUGUUACCACUUACCAGAUAUGAUGUUGUAGGAUCCUCACUUUUAGUUGGCUGUUUUAAAGAAGAAAUACAGAGUCAGGAUAGCUGGGCUGAUGUGUAAAGCACCAAGCCACCAACUACCUAGCAGUGAAAUCAUACAAGAGUCUAGAAGAGGAUGAACAUCAACAACAAAGAUGAACCAAACACUGCCCCGAAACAUGAUCAGUGGUACAAUUUGAAGCUAGGCUCUACAUUCAAAGAAGAACAUCCUUCCUCCAAGUUCUGUACAUUACGCUAUGAGUUUAAACCUGCUUCAAUUGAUAAAAGCCAGCCAGGAAAGUUGCACAAAACCAAGGACAAUAGGGUAACAGUUGAGUUUCAGAACAGUCAGCCAGGGAAGCCCAAGGUAAACUUUGAGGGGAGUAGUGAGGACUAUAAAGAAAAUGAUGCUGUUUUACUCUUUGAUGGCGUGACCUUUCGUUUGGAGAGACUGCACCGGGCAGUCAAGCGAUUGAAACACGUUCGUCUCCAUGGGGAAUCUGUAUCUGCUUCGGGUUCUGCUUCUUUGACUAUAGUUGCUGAGUCAAGUUCUCCCCCUAUUGUUAAAGCACCUAUAUUCCAAUCUCAGAAUAGUGUUGUUCGUGCACUACCAAUUGAGGUUGAAAGAAUUGAAAUUGGCGACAUCAAAAGCUCAGACAUGAAACUUAAGAGCGAGAAAGCUGGUGACAAUCCAUCUUCACAAGGCAACCAACCAAACUUGUCACAUGAUUAUCCAUCUCCACUGGCCAACCAACCAAACAUGUCUCCUCAGACGAAGAGCGAUGACUUGGAUGAACAGCUAGAUAUAAUGAACGAUGAUGACAUGGAGGGAGAUAUGGCAGCGAAUGGGGGAGGAGUGGAAGAAAUUGAUAUUAAUAAACCACAUCAAAACAAUGUAGAUAAUGAAGAAUUUGCCGAUGUGGAUGGAAGUGAUGAAGAGGAUAAUGGACGCACUGCUGCACAAGAAGACCUUAGAGUACAACAAGCUAAUGGAGCUGGCGGCGGCGAACAUCGCACUUCAAGCUCCAGCAGUAGCAGUGGUAGCGAUAGCAGUGGGAGUAGUUCGAGCAGCAGCAGUAGUAGCAGUAGAAGCGGGAGUGACAGUGGCAGUAGCAGUAGUGAUGCUGACAGUUCUGAUGGUGAAGCAGUCAUUUCUAUCUAAGAGUUUUUACUCCCGGGGAAGUUUAAACAAAUUGGUGACAAUGUGCUUUUGAACAACAUAUUUAUUACCCAAUAUAUUAAAAAGACCCUAAGAACGGGCUACAUAAACUCGAAUCUGAAGUGGUUUACGC